AUGGAAGGUUCAUCGAGGAGAAAUGCUGCGGAAGAGGAGACGCCCAGGAAGGGAACAGGUGCCACCAUACAAAUCACUCCUGACGAGUUGCAAAGAAUGAUAGAGGGGGCAAGCCGAAAAGCAAUUGUGGAAUACGAAAGGAGAACAGCAACCCCCCUGGUCAAGGAAACGGCUAGAAGGCAGUUAUUCGAAAAUGUGGAACCAUUAAGAGAAUCAAGGGUGCAAGGUGAACAAGAACAUCGCAGCAAGCGACCAGCGUCGUCCGAUGCAGGUUCUAGCAGCCACGGACGCGCGAAGAGAAGGGAGCCCGUGAUAUCCCGGGCCGAAGUAGAAAGUGUGGGUAAACAGAUACACAGCUUAAAUAAGCAGAUCGACGAGUUGAAGAAGCGAGGGGAGAUCGUCUCGCAGAACAAAAAUUCCCCUUUCUGUAACGACAUCCUCAUUCAAACAGUCGAGCCGGGGUUCAGGGUACCCGAUCUAAGGAGAUAUGAUGGGAUGAGAGACCCCCAGGAGCAUGUGGCUGCCUUCAAAUGCAUCGAAUCCUACGAGCAGCUCGUGCAAAAAUUCAACUUCCAUUUUGCGAGCAAGAAGAAGCAGAAGAGAUCCGCCACACAUCUAUUUAACAUCCGGCAGAGAGAGGAUGAAACUUUGAAAAAUUUCAUAGGCCGGUUCAACAACGAAACCCUGGAGGUGCAAGAGUUAAGGAUUGACAUGCUCGUGAGCAUCCUCAUUCACGGGCUCAGGAAGAGCUCUUUCGCAUCCGCCCUCGCACGAGACCCGCCUGUCGAUGUCGAACAAUUGAUGGCAUUAGCACAGAAAUAUAUCGACGAAGAGGAGAUGAACGCGAUGAAAGACUCAGAACGAAGGGAGCGGGAGUACAUCCCUAGGCGACCUCAAGAGGGUAGGGGAGGAGGAAAUGACAAGCCUAAAACAGAGAAACGGAAGGAACCAAAGUACAUUCCGAAGUACCACAAUUACACUCCUUUAGCCAUGUCUCGAGAGAAGGCCUUAAUGAUGGUAGAGAAUGCCGAUGUGCUGAAGUGGCCAAGACACACGAGGUACACCCCCUCUAAGAAAACUUCUAACAAAUACUGCCGUUUCCACCGGGAGGGGGGACACAAUACAGAGGAAUGCUAUCAGCUGAAGGAUGAGAUCGAAAGGCUCGUUAGGCAGGGGCAUUUUCGAGAUCGCGUCAAAUCGAGAAGCCGUGAUCGGGACAGAAACCCAAGCCCAUCAAAAACCGACAGGGCCCCGAUGGGCGGGAACAACGCUCCCACCAAGGGCGUUAUAUACACGAUCGCGGGAGGACCGACCGCGGGAGAUUCGAGCCGAACACGAAAGAGAUGUGGUCGAGCGGCCGGCUCGGUUCGAGAAAAGGAAUUCGUGUUAAAGGUGGAGGACGAAGAGGCUAUCUCAUUCAACAGUUCGGACAGAUUGGAGGAGGGUGGAGAACAGAACGACCCGAUGGUCGUCAAGCUAGAUAUUGCGAACUUCACCGUUCACAAAGUGUUGAUUGAUAGUGGGAGCUCAGCGGACAUCAUCUUCAAAAAUGUGGUGGAUCGGAUGGGGCUGCAGAACGCGAGGCUCGAACCCGUGAAGACCCCGUUAGUCAGCUUCGGGGGAAGUGAAGUGGCCUCACUGGGGACGAUUGAGCUGCCAGUGUCCAUGGGAGAGGAGCCAAAAAGAAAAACCCUGAUGGUCAAGUUCUUGGUGGUGGAUACUCCAUUCACGUACAACGUCAUAUUAGGUCGGCCGGGACUGAACUCAUUCCGAGCGGUCAUCUCCACGUACCACAUGAAGAUGAAGUUCCCUACCGAAUAUGGGAUCGGGGAAAUAUCGUGCGACCAGAAGGAGGCUCGAAAAUGCUAUAACCUGUCUAUAAAGGGGGAGCCGAGGUCGAAAAAGCAGAAGGUCAGGGAGGACGCAGAGCCCGACCGUAUGAGGCAGAGCACAUGA